AUGGAACCGGCGAAUUCUACUAAAGAAAUUGCCAGCUGUGUUAAAGCUGCUGUUCGUGUUCGCCCAUUUACAAAUAAUGAACGUGAUGAUUUAUGUCAAACAUGUGUUGAUGUACAACGAACAUCAAAUGAAAUUAUUUUAGCUAAUAGUACAGCUUUUACAUUCGAUCAUGUAUUUUUACCAGAAACAAAUCAAGAAGAUCUUUAUCGAGAAUGUGUUUAUGAUAUGAUUGAAGGAUGUUUUCAAGGUUAUAGUGCAUCAAUACUUGCGUAUGGUCAAACUGGUUCAGGAAAAACUUUUACUAUGGGCAGUGGAAUUGAAUAUAUGGAUCCGUCUAAAGAAGGUAUUUUACCUCGUGCCAUUAUGCAUAUAUUUCAACGAUGUGCAAGUUAUGAACAAGAAGCUGAAUCAAAAGGAAUUAGUAUACCUAAAUGUGUAGUAUCAUGUCAAUUUAUUGAAAUUUAUAAUGAAAAUAUUUUUGAUUUAUUUAAUAAAGAAAAUAAUGAUUUUCGUGCACAAAAAAAUGUUGAUAAACAUGUAGUUUUUGAAAAUAGUAAUGGAGAAAUAGCCAUUACAAAUAUAACUACACGAUUCGUUACUACAUCACAUGAGACACUGAAUUGUUUACGCGAAGGUGCUCUUAGUCGAACAACAGCAGCAACACGUAUGAAUAGUGUAUCAAGUCGAUCACAUGCUAUAUUUACUGUAAAUUUACAAUUUGAACGUGUUGUUUCAUCAACAUCGAAUCCAAAUUUACGUGAACAAAUUCGUGCUAAAAUACAUUUUGUUGAUUUAGCUGGUUCAGAAAGUUUAAAACGAACUGGUGCAACUGGUCAACGUGCAAAAGAAGGAAUCAGUAUUAAUAGUGGUUUGCUUGUUCUUGGAAAUGUCAUAUCGAUUCUAGGUGAUCCAAUGAAAAAAGCAGCACAUGUACCAUAUCGUGAUUCAAAAUUAACACGUUUAUUACAAGAUUCAUUAGGUGGAAAUAGUCGAACAUUAAUGAUUGCGUGUAUUUCACCAGUUGAUCGAGAUUUUUCUGAAACAAAAAGUACAUUGAACUAUGCUCAACGUGCACGUAAUAUACGUAAUCGUGUUAAAGUUAAUCAAGAUAAACAUAGUAGACAAAUUAUACAAUUACAAAUGGAAAUUGAACGUCUACGUGCAUUAGUUGAUAAAAAUGAACAUAUAUCAUCAGGUGAAUUUGAUCAAGCAAGUAAUAGUGCAUUAAGUCAAGAACUUGAACGUAUACGUUCAUAUGUAUAUACAAUACAACGUUCGAUUAAUGAAACAAAUAUGGUAUCACAAACAUUAAAACAAGAUUUAGAAAUAGUUCGUGAUCAUCGACAAAUGAAUGAUAUGCUAUUCGAUUAUGAUAAUAUAUUAAAUCAAUGUUUAGUAAAAAGUGAUGAAAUUCAAUCUCGAUUAUCACGUAUGAAUGAUGUUAGUAAUGUACUUCGAAAGCGUAGUCCAAUAUCAAAUCGUCGAAAAAGUCGUCUAUCAACAAGAUCAUUUUCAGCCGAUCAACCAUUAUCAUCUCUUGAAUUUAAUCAAAAUGUAACGAAUUCAGAUGAUUUACAACCGUGCAUUGAAGAUAUACGUCAUGAAAUCGAUCGUCUUCGACGUGAAGAACAAUUACUUCGUGAAAAUGGUUCAGCAAAAUCAAAUCGUAUCGGUUUAAGUACUAUUCCAGGUUCUCCUCAAGAACCACAUGAAAUGUCAUCACAACGUAAAACAGAACCUAUCUAUUCACUAUCAACAAAUCCAUCAUCUGAUCUCAUGGAUAAUCGAUCAAAUAUGGCAACAAUCGAAGAACAAGAAAAUAUUAUGAAUAGUGACGAUGAAGAUGAACAACCACCAACACCUGCUGAUGAUGAUGUUCAAACUGAAUCUGAUGCACAAGAAGAAAAACUAGUAAUUAUUACUACGGAAAUCAAUGCAAAACAAAAAUGUCUUGAAAUGCUUGAAAAUGCACGUAAACGUAGUGAUGCUAUACGUCAACGAUAUGAAGAACGUAUAAAACUUUUGUCUGAACGUAUACAAAAUGCUGAAGAUGAAAAACAAGCAGCUGUUACAAAAUUAAAUACAGCUGCACGUGAUCAACAUAAUGUUGAAGAAUUAAAAAUAGCAAGACGUGAUUAUGAAGAAAAGAUUCGUCGAUUAGAAAUUGAAAAUAAUGAAUUAUCAGCCUUACGUGCACAGUAUGCUGUUUGUUUAAAAGAUGGAGAAUAUUAUAAAAAAGAAUUAGGUAAACAUACCAAUGAAUUAAAAGAUUUACGUAAAAUGAAAGUACAAUUAACACGUGAAUUACGUCAAGAAUUUCUUCGACAUAAACAAGCUGAAUUAGCUAAAGCAAAAGAAAUAGCUACACUUAAACGAACACAGAUGCAAAAAGAUAAUGAAAUUCGAACAUUACGUGCUAAACAUAAACAAAAAGAAAUGAUUCUUAAACGUAAACAAGAAGAAGUACAUUUAUUACGACGUCAAAUGCGUUCAACUCGAAUGCGUAAAACAACAAAGGAGAUGAGUGCACAUUUUGCUGCUAUUCAACAAGGCAUCACAAAUGCAAUUCGUCGUCGAAAACUUAUAUCAGGUAUUAAUCGUGAUAUGAGUACAUUAAUUGAAAAUCGUGAAUGUGUAAGUCGAAAACGUGAAAAAUAUUGUCAACGAUUAAGUAAUGCUAUUGUAACAAGUACAACAGUUAAACAACAAUCAGAAGAUCCAACAUGUACACCAUUACGUGAAUCAAUAACAAAAUUAGAAACUACAAUAGCAUAUCUUAAUUCAGAAAUAUCAUCAUGUCAGCAAGUAUUAAUGGCUUAUGAUGAUGAUCAAGAACAAACAAGUGAAUUAAUACAAGGACCUGAUCCACAAUUAAUUGUUGAUUGUGUUACUGAUAUUGAUGAACUUCGUUAUCUGCUAACAAAACUUAUCGAACAAACUAUUGAAAAAGGUUUUGAAGCAGAUGAAGCCAAUGAAUUGAUGUCUUAUGUUGAUUUAGUAGAGACGAUGCUUGUUAAAAAAGAUGAUACUAAACCAGUUGUAAAACGUCUUAAAAAAGCUACUACAAAUACUGGUCAAGAGGAUUCUAUGGAUACAACACCUAUUCCAGAUGAAUCACCAUCGUCAACAACAAUGAUACUUAGACAAAUAAAUAAUACGACAUAUUUGUCUAAUUAUCAAGCCGAACCUAUGUGUGCUGAUUAA